CUUUGAACGAAGAAAGAGAAAAGGGAAAAAUGGACGCGACCAUGAUGGCUGGACUGGAUGGUCUUGCUGAGGAAGACAAAGCGAAAUGGCCUCCAUGAUCAACCAGCUUCGCUACGUGAUAGCUUGUGGAUGUACAAUUCGCUGGUGGAGAGGUGUUUCGUGGACUGUGUGGAUACAUUUAUGCGCAAAACUCUGCAGAAACAAGAGGAGACUUAUGUUAUGCGGUGUGUUUAUAAGUUCCGCAAGCAUACGAUGAUGCGUGUUGGUAUGCGGUUUGCUGAGCUCAAUCAGAACGCACCUACUCAAGACUGAAAAAGCCUACUUGCGUUAGUUUGGUUUUUAGUCCGGUUUAUGAGUUCAACCAGAAUAACCGGUUUUGUUUGUGGUUGAGACAACUCUGACACUCUUCUUUGAAAUUGAUACUCGUAUAUUUUGAAAUUAUUUAGUCGUCAUUCGUUAAAGAGUACACAAAUGAUUUUGUAUUUCUGAUGGGGUCUAACAAUAAUAAUCUCAUGUGUAUACGUCUGCUUUUUUUAUCAAAUCAAUGUAAUGACAUGCAUUACUAUAUAGAACAAAGAUAACAUUAGAG